AUGGCAACAUUAAAUGCUGAAAAUUUAAGAAUUAAUAUAUCAUUAUCAGCUAAGGCUUAAGGAUAACAAUUUCAAGUUUAUAUCAAAUCAUUACUUCUGGUUUUAUAAUUGUGUAAAAUAAACUGUGACCAAUGUGAUGGAAAUUAAGUAUGCUUAUAAUGUUAUUCAGGGUAUUAUUAUAAUCAACCUACAAACGAAUGCUUAUAAUGUAAUAGUUAAUGUGCAAAUUGUGAUGGUCCAAAUUCAAAUAACUGCUUAUCUUGUAACUCUGGACUUUAUUAUUAGUAAACGACAAAGGAGUGUGUAAAAUCUUGUAAUAAAAACUAGUUUCCGGAUUUAGUAUUGCAAUAAUGCUAAUUGUGUGAUUCUACUUGUGCAACUUGUGAUGGAAAGGACUCAAACAAUUGUUUAAGUUGCUACCCUAACAUCUUUCUCUACAACAAAACUUGUGUUAGUAUUUGUCCAAAUGGACUUUAAAGUAAUAUUACUACUUUCACAUGCGAUUCAUGCUAAAACUAUUGGAGCCUUUAAUGCAAUCCCUGCAAUCCCAGUUGCAAACUAUGUGAUUAACCAUAUAGUUUAAAUGGAAAUUGUCAGAGUUGUUAUGAUGAAACAAGAUAAUUCGAUGUUUCAAGUAAUUAGUGUGUUUGCAGAAACAAAAAUGAUUCAAGGAAUAUACUUUAUUAAUGCAGCUAUUAAAAUAUUGCUGUAAUUGAUGCAAAAUUAAGUGCUACUUCACCAUAACUUACCAUUGAUUUUGGAUCUCCAUUGAUGAAUAUCAUAUCAGACACACCUUAGUCUUUGUGCUCAUAGAUAUUUGACUAAGCAACUUUAGACAUGAUUGUGUAAGAUUCUUAAUGCGAAAUCAGUGGAAAAUUAAUUAAGGUUAAUUUAUCGGACUCAUCAUCAAUAAUGGAAAAUAACUCGAUUGUUUUCUUGCAAAAUAAGUUACAGUUUGUAGAUUACAGUGGAUAGUUCAUUAGCGUCUUUUAUAGAAAUAUUACAUUCUAAGAUCCUCCUGGAAUUCCUUAACUUUAAUUUAGCUUUAAUCAGAUAGAAAAUAGCUGUAACCCUAUAAAUAUAACUCUUUAUAAUAUAUAAAAUGAUGCAGGAAGAAAAUUUAUGAGUCUAAAUUGGACCUUAAAUCAAAUUGUAGGAUCCAUAAGCAAUGAGCAGCAAGACAUUAUAUAGGAGAUAUUACAAAAAGCAAGCUCAAACAAAAACACUAGUUUAAUUAUAGAUCCUAAAUUCAUACCUCCAAACAUUAAUAUUACUAUAUAAUUUAGUUACUUACUUAAGGUUAACUAAACUGGUACUUAAAUGUUCACGAUUAUUUAUCAAAAAUAAAAAUUCAUAAGAAUCAACUAUUAGCAAUCUCAAUUUCCACCAAUUUAUAGAUUUAUGAGCUUGAGUUUCUACUUUUAGUUUUUCGUUGAGAUGUGUGAGUUAGGCCAGAUAACUUAUUUUAAUGAACCUGUUAACUUAUAACUAGUUUCUAACCAGCUUUAAUAGCAAAGCCUAAGUCAAUAUAAUUAAUCAAGCUUUCAAUAUGAUAUUCUCCCUUAUUCCUUAGCAUCUAACUAAUUCUUUAAUUUGAAUCUGAUUUUGAAUUUGAGUUCGGAAAAUAAGAUUACUUCAAUGUAAAGUAUAUCAGUUAGUGUAUAACUUACAGAUUUGUAUUUGCAAAUUAUUGGAGGCCCAAGCCUUCUUUAGGGCUAUAAGAAUAAAAUGGUCUUAGAUACUGAAUCAAGGGAUUAUGAAAUUUAAGAUUAGAAUUCCCUUUCAAAUAUCAACAUAAGUUGGAAGUGCUCAAGUCUAUCUUCUGCUGAUCAUAUUUGCUAUGAUUAAUAGAAUAACUAGAUUUAAUUUCAAAAAGAGGCCAGCAGUAUUUCAUUUCCUGCUAACACGUUUUAGCCAUACACUACAGUUUAGUUUAUAGUAUCUGGAUAAAAAGAUUCAAGGCACACAAGUUACACCACUACUUGCUUAUUCGCAGAAUUAGAUAUUCCUCCAUUAAAAAUUUUAUUAGCAGCAACAAGCAGAAACAGAAAAAUUAAUUUGAAUGAUGACCUUAAUUUUUAAUUAAUUUAUGGUGAGAACAUCGCUUCAGAUUACUUAUCUUAUGCAGGAGCUAUAAUAUAUGAUGGUAAUGCAGUUACAGCCAUCAAAUUCGAUUAUUUCCAAAUUAGAUUCAGAAUUUGGAACUAUCUUUAAAGAAUAAAUCCCUCAAAUCCAACACUUUAAAUAAGAUUUUCAGUGUAUAAUCCUUUAUUUGUUAUGCCAAGCUCGUCUAUAAUUACCAUUUAAAUAAAUAUUCCUCCUUAGAAUUGCAUUUUAAACAUAAAUCCUUUGUAGGGUAUAGCGCUUGAGACCAUCUUCUAAAUAUAGUUAUUGAACUGUUCAGAUGAUGAUCUUCCUCUAACUUACUAGUUCUUCUAUUAUAAUAGUGUAGAUGAUGCCCAGCAAGAAUUAGUUUCUCCUUGGAACAUAUUGAGAAGAUAAAUAUAAGAUUAGACUAUAAAUAACUCAAUAUAAACAGUACUUCCUAGUGGGAAUCUAAUUGUUAUGGCACAAGUUAUGGAUUCUUACCUAGGAGUUUAUAAUACCUCUUCUAUAAUAUAGGUUCAAGCUUAGAAUAAAUAGGCUGACGAAUAUUAUAAAAUAGUCAGUGAACUCACUUCAUAAACUUUUUAGAGCCCAAAUAUAGAAAUCUCUAAGUAACUAGUGACUUUAAGCAUCAUAGCAGAAGACAUUAGUAAAAGCAAUUAACAUAGUUUGUAAUUGAGUGAUUUCGUAAGUACGCUGACUUAAAAUAUAUAGCAAUUGUCUUUCUAAAUACCUAAAUUCUCAUUUUUGUCUACAUUUGCGAACAAAGUAACUGCUUAGUUAUUAUAACUAAUAUUUAACUCACCAUUAUAAAACAAUGUUACCACAUAAAAAAAUAAAAUAUUUGAUUAACUGUAAAAAAUACUUCAAAAUACUAAUUCAAGCAUACAAAGUAGUAAUCUUAGCCAUUUACAACAAAAUAAUGAUAUUCUAAUUUAAAAUAUGGUAGAUUCUUUUAAAAUUCUAAACUCAAGCGUUAGUUAUUCGAGUAAUAACUCAUAGGAAGAUUUUUAAUCCUAUGAUAAAAUCUCAAGUUAAAUUGGAAAUCUGCUUAAUAAUAUUAGUUUACCAAACUAAGGACAAAUUAUUCUAAAUGGUGGAUUGUCCACUCUUUUAUCAGAUAAAGUAACUUACAAGAAUCUAUUCAAAUAUAUUCUAACUGUAGAUGAAAACAAUUCAGUAAAUUAAACUGACAUAUUUAGCAUCACAAGAAAUAAUUAUAAACAAAAUAUUUAUGAAAAUACUUCAGAAUUUUAGGCGUAUACUUAGCAAUUCAAAAAUAUUAGUGAAAACUUUGCUUACUCUAAGAAUGAAAUAAUUUCACCAUAGAUUUACAAUUCAUCUUCUUAAAAAAUCAUAAACCAGCCUAUUAUUUAUAAGUUUAAUAAUGCAAAGGCUAGUAAGUUAUAUAAUAUGACAUGCCUCUAAUAAAAUACUCUUUCAUGGAGUAAAUAAAAUUGCAAUAUUGAUCAAAUUGCUGAAGAUAAUUACAUCUGCUUUUGUAGAUCCUAAAACCCAACAACUAUUAUUGAAGAUAUUGAAGACAUGUUCUCAAAAAAUAAAAAUCUGUAGACAGCAUUUGGAGAAUAAGGGCUAUUAAAUAUAGUAAACUUUAAAAACUUUUAUAUGUAUGUAGUAUUUUGGCUAUUGAUGAGUUUCACUUUGAUUCAAAUUACUUUAUUUUUUAUUGGAAAAUUCUUAGACAAAUACUCAAUAAAAAAAAGAUACUUAACAGUUCAUAAUCUAGAACUUAAUAACUAAUAGUAAAAUGAAGUUUAAGAGUAAGGUAUUUGUGAUAAUUCUUAAAUGAUAAAUAAUGGUGUGUUCUAGGAAUCUCCUUUUAAUAAUUAGCUUUAAAGCAACAAUAACAUCAAACCAGAAAUUUAGUAAAAUCAAUAGAUUUAAUCACCUUUUGAUUAAAAUUUGCAUAGUUAUAAAAAUGGAAGAAGGAAAAGAAAAAAAUUCUACAGCUCAUCAAUAUAACAAACCCAAAGAACUUUAAAUCAAUUUUUAGAAUAAAUUAUUGAAAAGAAUGAAGAGAUGCCUUCUGAACCUAAUUAAUUGCAAACAAUUAAAUCAUAAUCAAGUAGUAGAAGUAUUGAAAAAAUGAAAACUCAAACAAACUCACAAACAUAAAUGAAAGAGGUUUAAGAUGAAGAAGAAAUCUAAAAAAUCAAUGCUUAUUUGUUAUAAUAUGCUCAUUUAGCAAGUAGUAAUAUCCAUAAUUAACAGCUCAAUAAUGAAGACCGCCCUUUUAGGAAUUAUAUAUACAUUUAAGAAGGGUUCAAUAGGGCAGAUACAUGUAAAUUUGACGAAAUGGGAUUAUAUUCUACUGGGUUCGCAUUCCCAAUAUCCUUUAUUUAAUAUUCAUAGAAACAUAUAAUAAAGUUAUGCUAAAAAAUUAUAAGGAUUUAUCACUAGCAUCAUAGCUGCUAUCAACAACUAACCUUAUGGUACUAAAGAAUUGUAGUUGUUUCCGUUUAGAUUUAUCUCUAAGAUGUUACUGUUGGUAAGGUUGUUACUGAGAAGUAUUUCAACAAGUACUUCUUGACUAAGUAAAAGUAUGUUGACCCCAGCAAUCUUCAAUCAGUGACCGAUGCAAAUCAAGAUAUUUCAAAUCUAUUUGCUAAGAUUUUUAAGGAAAACAAGAAGCCUUUGAAUUAAAUUAAGCACAACAAUAGUUUCAAUCCUGGUAAUGUUGAUCCCUAUAUCAGAGGUUUCGUCUUUUGGAAGACCUGCAAUCGUUCUAUUUAUGAUGAUGGAAUGAGCUAAAAAGGACAAGCUAAAUGA